AUGCACAUCUAUGAUGGCAAAGGGAUCUUUCAAGUAAGCAAAGGAAAGGCAAAGGCUGUUCUGACCAUAUACCCCACAUCCUCCCAGAUAUUCAGUGGAGAGUCUGUCACUCUCAGAUGUAACAUACAGAGGGGAGAAGUCACUGACUGGGAAUACACAUGGCGCAAGGAUGUUGUAGACACAAUCAAUAGGAAUCAUGAAUAUGAGAUCAGUGAGGUUAAGAUUUCAGACAAUGGUGACUACAGGUGUCUGGGUAAACAUAUUGAUCAGAAGAAGCAUUCUGAGUGGAGUGAUGCAGUCAGACUAACGGUAACAGCUCUUCCUGAAACUACACUGACCGUAAAUCCAGACCCUGCAUACAAUGGAGAGACAGUAACUCUGACGUGUUCAGUGGGGUCUGACAGUGGCUGGAGCUUUACAUGGUACAAAGACCAAAAAAAAAAAGUUGUGACCUUGUCUGGCAAACACACUACAACAGGAGCCACCUUCACCAUCAGUAGAGCUGCUGAGUCUGACCAGGGUCUCUACUGGUGUCAGGGAGAGAUCCAGUCCAGAUCCAUAUCAUCAAUCAUCAGUGAUCCUGUCACUAUCACUGUGAAAUCUCUGCCCACGGCCUCAGUGAAAGCCUCUCCACGGGGUCCCCUCUAUUCUGGAGAGACAGUCACUCUGCAGUGUGACAUAUCAGACUACAGAGACUGGACGUACCGCUGGCACAGAGACAACCAUCUGCUUCCCAUUCCGACCAGUAAAACCACCACCAUCUCUCUCCCUGACCAGGCUGGUCAGUACCAGUGUGAGGGGACAAGGACAAGACGGCCCGAGAGGACAUAUCUCAGCUCAUCUCUCACCAUCGUUGUUGCUGCCCUGCCCAAAGCUACACUGACCAUAACACCAAACCCUGCAUACACUGGAGAGACAGUAACUCUGACGUGUUCAGUGGGGUCUGACAGUGGCUGGAGGUAUACAUGGUACAAAGACAACAGUAAGAAAGUAGUGACCUUGUCUGGCAGACACACUAUAACAGUAUUCACCUUCACAUUAAAAAGAGCUGCUGAGUCUGACCAGGGUCUCUACUGGUGUCAGGGAGAGAUCCAGUCCAGACCCAUAUCAUCAAUCAUCAGUGAUCCUGUCACUAUCACUGUGAAAGAGAGACCUGUGGCUGUUCUGACCCUCCAACCCAACUGGCCCCAGAUAUUCAGUGGAGAGACUGUCACUCUCAGUUGUGACAUUCAAGGGGGAGAAGAGAUUGAGUAUGUUUUUUAUAACAGUGGGAAGUCGGUCUACACCAAAACAGAGCCUGAGUACAGAAUCAGUCCUGCAAAGAAUGGUCUAUAUACCUGUGAAGGUCUUCAGAAAAGAAAUGGCUUAAAACACUCCCAGACAAGUAAUGCUAUACAAUUGACCGUGUUAGAUAAACCCCAAGCUGUCCUGAGUGUCUCUCCUCAGUGGCUGAACCCUGGAGACUCAGUUACUCUGAGCUGUGGGGUUAAAGAGUCAUCUACAGGCUGGAGGUUCUUCUGGUACCGAACUGUUCCCUACACAGCUGGGUUACUCUCCCUAUCGGACACGUCCUACUCAGUAGAGCUUCUAUCUGGCAAUGUGACUAGUGAAGACUCCUACACUCUGAUCCCUGCUGGUCCUAGUCACACAGGAGGAUAUGUGUGUAGAGCUGGGAGAGGAGACCCAGUCUAUGACACACUCUACAGUGAACCUCAGUUUCUCUGGUCAGGAGAUCUUCAACCAUCAGUGUCUCUCAAAAUAAGACCGAACAGAAUUCAACACUUUACAUCAAAGUCUCUCUCGCUAAGCUGUGAGGAGAAGAGGAACUCUACUGGAUGGAGACUGAAGAGAUACAGAGAGAAAGCAGGGGAGUCAGAGUGUGGCUCUAACUGGGGAUCAAUAGCAGGGUCCACAUGUACCAUCAGUUCCAUACGUAAAAAGGACAGUGGAGUGUACUGGUGUGAGUCUGGAUCAGGAGAGUACAGUAAUGCUGUCAACAUCACAGUGGAUGUUGGCACUCUGAUCCUGGAGAGCCCUCCCUAUCCCAUAACUGAGGGAGACUCUGUGACUCUGAGCUGUACAAAUAGAUAUCAGGAAACAAACCCGAACCCCAAGGUUGAUUUCUACAAAGAUGGAGUACUCAUCAGGAAUGAGACCACAUUAGAGAUGACCAUCCCUGCAGUUUCCAAGUCAGAUGAAGGCUUCUAUAAGUGUAAAUCUAAUGAAGGAGAAUCACCAGAGAGCUGGGUGACAGUGAGAGGUGUAACUCCUGGACCCUCUACAUCAGCCCUAGUAGGAGUGGUUGUGGGCCUGGUUGUUGCUGGUGUUCUACUGGCCAUUCUCCUGGUACUGCUGUGUCGAUAUAAAAAAGCCGGAGGCCCCCCCAGCCCCAGAGGACCAACCUGGACCCCCAACAGGACCAAGGAUCUACCCAGGGCCAGGCUCCUGAUGCUGGGUAUACACGUCUGCAGCAUGAUGCUGGUGCUGCUACUGCUGGACCAAGUGAUGUGA